CCUUGUUCUAGGCUGCAGUUUACGAGGAAGUAUUUUCAGCUCGGCCGCAUGGCGAUAAUUUUCCUACCCCUUUUUUUCUCCGCCAUGCUGCGAAUUUCCCCAGUGCUCUCCAUUCCCCGUGGAGUCUCCUCAGAAUUGUCCCAACGUGUGUUGUCGUUUGUACAGCAUAUGGGGCUGAUGCUCCAGAUGCCCGCAAUUUUUAUUCUGGUGCCUAAUGUGCCUCUGUGCUAACCGACCAUUCCGACCCAUCAACCCAUAUGGCUCACCACGAAACAAGAGCCGCUGGAUGGUCGGUACAGGAUCCGAGAGACGCCAAGCAUCCGGCGGUGUGCCAUAUAUGGAGAUGUCUCUCUUAGCACGCUACGCGAAACGACGAAACGAACGAGAUCGCCUCGGUCAAAGUGCGCAUCGUUUUAGCAGGCAACUGCCGAUAGCCCACUUUGCCCACUCCUUCGAAAUUCGGCUUCUAGCACGGUGGUCAAUGGCACCGGAGCCAUAUCUUAGCAAGCUGGCCUCUCGUGAGUUGCAUUCCAAACGAGAAUGAUCGACGUAGUCACGUUCCGAACUCCCCGAUUUGUGUGCAUGUGCGUGUUGCGUGUUGGUGCUUACCGAUCACCCUCUUCUCAUUUCGUGCUGUUCUCCAGAUUACAUGGUUGUCCGGGAACGCCACUUAAAUUGAUUAGCACGUGGCUUACUGGAAACUACCGCCUUUCUAUGAAUGUGACCUGCGUCGAGUCAGUCCGAGUGCAUACAUGCAGAACUCAGUCUCGUGCCUCAAGGACCCUAUUUGUGUGAUCUGCGGCGUACCUGUCUUUUGAA